ACAAGUUGCUUGGAAAUGAGAUAUACUUCUCUAGCUAACGUUAACCCAUUUUGCUUUAUGCACUUCAUUUGAUUCACGUUUGUUUGAAAUAUGAUAAUAUAUAUAAUAAAAUAAUGAUAUAAUUAAAACCACAGUCUUACUAUGCAAAGUUGUAUGAUGUAUCGUAAUAGCAAUAACUGCAUAGCGUUCAAAUAUCAUCAAUGCACAGUGAUAAGUAUGUGGAUGUGUAUUAGUAUAUAAACUGAAGUAUAACAACAUUAUUAGUACUGUAAAGCGGCAGGAAAUUUAUCGUAAUUUGAGAGUGAGAUGACGAUUACCUCGCUUAACUCAAAUUAUUCGAUGAUGCGACCUUGUUUUCCUGCGUAUCCUUUCCAAGACAUAAAUUCGAUACCAGGCCAAGGUCGGGUGAAUCAAUUAGGAGGUGUUUUCAUCAAUGGCCGACCACUUCCUAACCAUAUUCGGCUGAAAAUUGUAGAAAUGGCUGCAAACGGCGUACGGCCAUGUGUAAUAUCAAGAAAUUUGCGAGUAUCUCAUGGCUGCGUUUCUAAAAUUUUAAACCGCUACCAAGAAACGGGGAGUAUAAGACCAGGCGUCAUUGGAGGAAGUAAACCCCGUGUCGCUACACCAGAAGUAGAGUCUAAAAUUGAGAGUUAUAAACGCGAGAACCCAAGUAUAUUCUCAUGGGAAGUCAGAGACAGACUUAUUAAAGAAGGUAUUUGUGACAGGACAACUGCUCCUAGUGUUUCAGUUAUAUCUCGACUAAUAAGAGACCGCGAUCCUGCAGAAACUAAAUUCGGAGAUGGAAAAACAAGUUCUGGAUCAGACUGCGAAAGUGAGCCAGGUAUUCAAUUGAAACGAAAGCAAAGGCGUAGUCGCACGACGUUCACGGCUCAACAGUUGGAUGAACUGGAGCGUGCAUUUGAACGCACGCAAUAUCCAGACAUAUACACGCGUGAAGAGCUUGCGCAACGUACUAAACUAACCGAAGCACGAAUUCAAGUUUGGUUUAGUAAUCGUCGAGCAAGACUUCGCAAGCAAUCAGCUUCAAAUGCGGCAGGCUAUGUUGCUGCUGCAGCCGCUGUAGCUGCUGGUGCUGUACCCUAUCCUUACCCACUUCAUCAUUCUACGUCAACCACUGCUACUGUUUCAUCGCCGGCUCAACAUCCGCACGUUCAUCUGCCAGGAUCUCAAACUCAUCCACCAUCUACUGCUACUGCCGCAGCUGUUGCUGCUGCGGCCGCUACGGCCGCUGCUGUUGCUGCAACAGCCGCCUCCCAAACGCUAUCAGAAUCAAGCAGCUUCAUUUCCGGCCAAGAAUUUUAUACAACGCAGCAUGGAUCAGUGAGUCAAGGUAUCUCAAGUUACAGCUUGGCUAACAAUGUUAGUUUUCCUAGUUCGCUCCUUGCUUUACCGGCAAGUUCCACACCAGGCUCAAAUGUGACUUACCCUCAACAAUCGCAAGUUUCGCCACCUACACAACAGCAGCACCAUCACCAUCAUCAUCAUCACCACCAUCAUCAUCAACAACAACAGCAUCAAUUACCUCCAACACCUAAUUCAUUAGUAACAAUAAUGGGACCUAAUUCGGCUAGCUCAAAUUCUACUUCAGAACAACUAAAUAUCACUGAACAUUCUAUAGACUCUGUAUCACCUGGACAUCCACAACCACAACAAAAUGCAAAUUCGCCACCGUGGAGCUCAUUAGUGGUAAGCACCACUGAAGCUGGCCCUAGAAAUAGCCUGCCGAGUCCGCCAACGGUAAGCACGAACAGUAGUCUACAACAAAGUAUUCCAGCUCAUUUACAUUCAAGUCAUCAGCACCAUCAAGUUUUUCCCAACCAUUAUGGACAAGGUGUUUUUCAACAAACAAGACCUCCAAGUCACCAACCAUUUUACAAUUGGUUUAACCAAUUAUAAACUUUUAUAACAUUGGUAACACGAAUCAAAUUUUAUAAAUAUAAAACCUUAGUAAUUUGUUUUGAACCAUUUUAUAAUUGGUUAAACUAAUUCUAAAUGGUUAAAAAUUCCUGUACUGUAAGGUUUUAUUCUCAUAUGAUAAAAAUAGCAUGUUUAGAUUUCUUUUGGCUUCUGUUCUAUCUAUGACAUGUAACGAUAACAAAGAACAUGAAGCGGUGAUUAAUGGCCUUGUGCGGAUUUAUUUCAAACGCAGAUACAAGUCUCACAAAAUUAGAAUUAUAUUAAGCAAAGUUUCGGAAUAUUUUGAUAUGUUUAUUUAUUUUUAUAUUAUGUGAUAAAAGCUUGUACAAUUCAAUAUUUAUCCGAUUUUAUCAAUUUUUUGCUGAAUAUUUCUACCGUUAUUUGAUGUUUUAUUACUGACACGUCAAAUUUUCGUCUAUUUUAUAUGAAGCUACUGUUGGAGAUUUAUGAAUAGAAUAAUAACAAAAUGGCGUACUAUUAGACAUGCUAAAUUAAUUUUAUUUCAACUUUAGCGUUCUUAAGAAAUUACUCAACUGAUUAUUUAGAUCAUCUAUAAUCACAACCAAAGAAUUAACUAUAUAUGCGUAUAUAAACGCAUACGUUUAACGUUUGUACGUACCAGGCACGUGUGCAUACUACACAGACAGCUUAUAAAGAUAUAAUAAUGUACAAAAUACAAAUACACAUAUACGUGUUCGCGGACACACACGAGCGCGCACGCGUAUAACUGUUGCGGUAGACAAUGUCACCACAAAUUUGUACAAUAUUGGAAUGUUUUAACAAUGGAGAUUGAUAGUUAAUAUUUGUCUAUCUUUGAUAUUUUAAAUAAAUUAUGUCAAAGUUCACUAAUAUAGACCAAUGACUAUAACAUGCUGCUACGAUGUUUGGCAAUCUCAUCAACACAUUUUCUUAAGUAAGUUGUAUAGAUUGUAAUUAGCGAGUAAUGUAACUUCAGUGUUUUUUUAAAACUUUUAUUUAUUUAUUUUUUUAUAUAAGAACAUCAAAUUUUGUAACACUUGUUGUUUUGUGAUCAAUUAAGGAGAAAAUUCAAGAAUGGAGGCAAUACGAAUCAGUCGUUAUUAUUAAAUAACAUUCAAAAGUUUUGAAAAACUAAAAACUUAAUAAACAUUAAUAUGAAAAUAGUUACAUUACUAUUAUAUAUUUAUACGAAAUUCCUUCAUUUCUACAUUUGUAAAUAAUAUUUAACAUUCUUUUUAUUUAGACAUUUCCACUUUAGAUAGGUUUCUGUAAAAGGUUUGUAAGUUCUGGAAAAUGGUACAUUAUUUUUAAAUAAGAAAUAGAAAGUAAGAAAAAAUAAAAAGCAAAUAAAUAAAUUUAAAUAAAUAAACUACGAAAACAAAAUUAUUGUUUCAUAAAUAUUUAGAAACUAUUAAUCUAUCAUAUUACAUAGACUGCUUU